AUGCUAUUUUGUAACUUUAUAAUACUGUUCAUAUUAGGUAUCUGGAUACACUGUAAUGGGGUUCUUGGGUCAAGCCCCGAUGGACUCAUUCGUCGUCCUGCUGCAUUCGGAUUCAGCUAUCAGAAUCCAGGACUCGCUGACAUAUUAGAGAUGUCAAACGUUAAGCCAGAAAUACUGGAGGUGAAAUGCCCCUUUUCAGCAAAGAGUAUGACAAUUCCAGAAGCUAUUGAAAAAGUACAUGAUUUCUGCCUAGAGGUUCAGGAUUUUAAUGGAGUCAAGUCCUUCAAGCUACGAGAGAACCACCAAUACUAUGAUCAAGUGCAAGGACAGCUUCAUAUAACUAGGAAAUCCUUGUGUGAUUUUAUGGUCUGA